AAAGCGUUCGCUGCUAUAGAACGGUGAGCCAUAUAGCGGACGAGACAACAAAUUCAGUUCAGUCUCUUGUGAGAAUCCAACGGACAAUAAAGUGUGUUUUUUAGGACUUUUAGUAGUUUCGCACACAACUGCUAUAUACAUUUCGCAUUUAACGAAUGGUGUAUUAAGAGCACAAUUUUUCAGUUCAUUUAAACAAAAAAGAAACAAGUUUAAGACAAGUAAAAACAGUGUGAAUGCACGCAUGAUUAUAAAAAGAUAUACAUAUUUACGCCUAUGAACAUAUAAAAAUAUAGAGGWGGCAUAUAUGUAUAUGCAUAUAAUUUUUACAGAAGUCAACAAACGCCCUCGACAAGCACAUUGGUUAAGAAGAAAAAAGUGUACAAAUAGUUGUAGUUCACCAAUUUAUGYCUGCAUCCACGGAAGUGACCGCAACUACGAAUCCAACUUUGGUUAGCGUUUGACUUCGAGAAAUAAAUACGCACAAUUUCUACGAACAUAGCAAAAAUUGUUUGUCUGUACCCAAAUCUAUACAAAAACAACUACGAAAARCACAACGAAUUCGGAGAAGUGUCCGCAAGACUAUUCGAACCAACAUAACUCGUUUAAAUCAACAUCAAGUCUAAAAGCCGASUGCACGAAGCGUACAUUAUAGUAAAACAUUAACAUGGAUGUAUGGGGUGUUUUUGUUGGCGAUUCGACUAUGUCGUACGGUGGGUCAGUACGCGGCACCUACUACCGCGACUAUGAGCAGUUCCCCUAUGGUUCGUUGGAACAUGGCUCGAGUCCACCAUCUAAGGAUUCCUACAGCAAGGUUCAAGAAAAAUGCAGGCAAGUGAAAUCGGUAAAGGGGCAAAAGAAAGAGUGCCCAUUCUGCAAGGAACAAAAAAAGCGGCCACUCACUAAUUACAUGCGUAAACGCGAGUCUCGCAAGCAUCACGAUAGCAUUUGCGAGGAACACGAGGAAGAGAAUGAGGAAGAGGCUGGGGAAGAGGAGGAGUUGCAGGCGGUGACCAUAAAGGAGGCGGCAAAUUCGUUAUUGCAACAAUACGCAAACACACAAAAGUCAAACAUCGACAGUUUGAACCAAAGCGCAAAAUAAUUAAAUGUUCCGGAUAUUUACGACGUGGUACAAUAGACCUUUUUCUUUAAAGGACAUGGAAAAAAGAGAUUUUUCUAUAAAUGCAUUUCAACGCGUGUAUGUAUGUAUAUGUGUUUGUAUUUAGAAGCUUCUAUAGCACAACAACAAUGACACUACCAUUUUCCGUAUUUUCUAUACAUACAUAUACAUAUGUACAAGAAUGAAAAUUAAACAAGGAAUAAUCACAAUAAUGUUAAAGUGGUAAAAUAAUUAUUAUAUAUUAAUAUUCAUUACCUUACGUUCGAGUACGUGUAACAGCAACAAAAACAAGUAACACAUAGAUGUAUGCAUUUCCUUUUACAAUCGUAUGUUUUUUGCAUAUUUGCAUCCUACUGAGAAAAAGCUGGUUUUUUUAUAUUUACUAUAUAAUAUAUAUUAUUAUUAUAUGAAUACGAGAAUAUAAUAAACAUUAAUAAUUGUAGGAGAGAGACUGAAUCAGGCAAGUUAAUGUUUUCAAUAUAAGCGAAAUAACUUAUAAUUUUUAUUACUAAAACCUUCCACAUCAAGAUUGUUUACCAUAAAAAAAAAUUAAAUAAAAAAUUUGAAAAUAAUAAAAAAACGUCAAUUUACAAAGAAAAAAAAAAUGCAUAGACGCAAUAUAUUUUGGAGAGACGUUAGAUCUGUCUAUAUUAGACAACACAUGUAAAAAAGUACAUGAUAUAUUAUGUGCAUACAUAUGUCAACUGUAUUGAUAUGGCUUCUUGUUAUUGAUUAUGUUUGUGUACAAUUUGUAGCUUUGAUAGUUAACAUAUUGAAAGAAUGCGAUAACUAGAAUGUAAAUGUUUUAUCUGUAAGUUGAUUAUGUAAUUAUAUAGCAUGAACAAAUCAAAUACGAAUAAUAAUAAUAUUAAUUGAAUAAGAUAAAACUGGUA